AUGAAUAUGUUGGAUGAUGAAGAUGACCAAAGCUUUCACGCUACGCGUGACGGCUACUCCCAUUUGAGCGAUGUCGAAUGGGAUGCGGUUGAACGAAUGGGUUCGACCAUGGGCAUCCAUGCUGUUAGCGUCAUGCUAGAGGCUCUCAAUAGAGAUGCCCAACAUGCUACUAUCGCCAAGUUCAUUCAAAAUGAACUUGACGCAGAACGCGAGAAAGUAGCCUUGCUUCACCAACAAGGUUCUCAACAAGCAGAGUUGUUGAGAGAACAGGGUGCUCAACAGUUUGAACUGUUGAGACAGCAGCAGGCUGCUGCUGGUGGGUCGAUGCACUCGCGUCGACCCGAAACCUUGAAGAUUGACAUCUCCAAGGCGCGUCGCAUCGACGACGGGGAUAUGCAAGUUGCAUUUGCCCAGUCAAAUCUGGCAGGACGUGCCAAGACUUGGGCACUGGGGCUCAAGUUGCACGACCCAUAUGCGUUUGGGUCGUUGGAAGUCUUCAAGUCGCGGCUCAGACAAACGUUUGAACCGCCUUGA